AUGGCUCCUCUCCAGAUCCCUCUCGACGCGAUCACUUCGCGCUUCACUGAUCGCUUCAACAGCGUCCGCGCUCAAUCGAUCAGCAGUCGUUUUGCCAACCUGAAGCCUAUCUCUGAGUUUCUGGACCUGAAGCGUCUCUCCAAACCGGCCAACUUUGGUGAGGUGCAGAGUCGCGUCAACUACAACCUGUCCUACUUCUCCAGCAACUAUGCCGCCGUCUUUCUCAUGCUCAGCAUCUACAGCCUGCUCACCAACCUGAUGUUGCUCUUCGUCAUCAUCCUGGUCACUGGUGGUCUCUACGGUAUUGGCAAGCUGGGUGGGCGUGAUCUCGACCUGGGUUUCGCCCGCUUCACGACAUCCCAGCUUUACACUGGUCUGCUCGUUGUUGCCGUGCCCAUGGGUAUCCUGGGUUCGCCCUUCACGACGGUCCUGUGGCUCAUCGGCGCUACUGAAUGCUUUUUCCGAGGAGGCGGUCUAGGUGGUCGGCCGCGAACUCCUUACGAUAUGCCCCGAUGGGGAAGACCACCAGGGGCACAACUGGGGAGACAAGUCAGGAGGCGAGGGUUGCAGUGGGAUGAUGACGCUGACGAAGCGCGUGUGGAGGAGAUUGAGAGCGAGGAGGAUGAUUAUGAUCGUGGUGCGCUGCUGGAUGAAUACCAUGGUCUGCGACGGGAUGGCAGCAGGCGGCAGCCGAGGCGACGGAGUUAUGAGUACGAGGAUGAGACGGAGUCUUCUGAGGGGGUCGAUUAUAACCUGGAUAGCGAUGCCGACAGCACCGUUGCAUAUGCCGUCCAGCUGGCGAUGAUGGACAAAGAAGAGCGGCUGGUGGACAAAGCACUCGAACGGAUCCGACGCGCUCAGCUGAUGGGCAAAAAGAAUGUUCGCUUGUCACAGGAAGAGCUGGAUGCACUGGAAAGGAGGAGGAUGCGCAGCACCGGAAGCAAAGAAACGCAGCGGAAGAAGGGUGCCAGCAGCCAACCAUCCCUGACCGAAAAGCGCAAGGACAAGAGCAAAGACAAGGACAAGGAUAAGAGCAAGAGCAAGAACGGGAAGCCGACAACGAAGGGAAAAUCCGACAAGAUGGAGAAACGAAAGAGCAUGCCUGCUUCUUUGGCAGCUGAACGCCCUCAGCCGAGUGACGAGCCUUAUGGAGGGUGGACAAGAACCAGAGGUGUACCCUCCAGUUAUUAUUCCUCCCCUGGAGGUCGCCCGUCCAGCUCUUCUUCUCAGAGACCCCGAACGCCAUCUUCCCAGUCGUCCAGAGCGCAGCAACCGGGCUCGUCGCCCCGUUCCCAUCUUCCUCAGCGCUACGCUUCCGUUUCAGAGCAUCGCCCAACUUCCUCAUCUCGAUACCAGGCCUUCCCCCGUCCCCUUCCGGAUGAUCCUCAGUGGAUGCCUCGAUCACGGGCGUCCUCGAAUGCUGUACCAUAUCCGCUUGACCCUGCAGAUUACCCGCCCUAUGGUCCGAUGGAUCCCCGAUAUGGUUACCAUGUGCGCAGAGACGUCGCCGGCUUUCCUGAUGUUCCCUAUCGAGCCGCGCGUCGAUCUCCUUCUGACGAUAGCAGCUCGUCGGAAUCUACGAGCCCCCAGCGUGCCCCUACGGAGUCUUCGAGCGAAGACUCCAGCAGCGAAGACGACGAUGAGAGUGAGGAUGAUGGAAGAAAUGGUGUGAAGGUGGCAGUGGAGAAACCAGUCGCAACCGGGGCCCAGACACGCGCUACUACUACAGCAAGUGCUACUCGAGGGGCCCGGGCACGGCGCGGUCGUCGGAAAUGA